AUAUACGUAUACUAUAUCCGGUGUGUGACGUCAACUUGUAAACAUGGUCGCUCCCGGCGUUCAACAGUGUCGUUAGAUAGCUAAAUACAUUUGAAAAUAACCGAGUUUAUUAUUUUCCACAGUAUCACGCCUCUUGAAAAUGGAUAAACCAACUUUCCAGUCUACGUCGGGAGGACGGCAGCACCCCGUUUCUAAUACCGGAGGUCCCGAUACUUUUUACCUUAGAGGGGGACCUACAUAUCUCGGACCGCAGCCGAUACAACCACCACCAGUAUGUGAAACCUCGUUUCAAAGUAACAUGCCGAGUUCAAGUAACGUUGCUGGAGCGUUUUGGCGGGGUCAAACCCCUUCCCAAUAUCUUCCUCCACCACAACAAGCCCCAGUUAGCGACCAAAGAUUCCCUCAAAGUCAAGAGUGGACUCCACCCAUGCCAGGAUAUGUCAGUCAACCAUAUGGCUUCAGACCCCCCUUUCCACAACCACCGCCUAGAUUUGAUGGUUACGGACCACCUCAUAUGUCGUCCCCAGGAUAUGGUUUUGAUCCGUCGAUACCGCCACCGGCCCUCAACAACCCGGCACUCAGUCAGUUCCCUCCCAUGUCUUCACAGCCAGUUCCCUUCCACAGUCAUCCAAAGCUGGAACCCAACACACAUGAGGGGAGACCACCAAACUCAUGGGCCCAGGGCUACAAUAUGGGUGAUGCUCAAUCGAACAUGGGAACUUCAGAUUUCCAAAGAUCAUUUGAUCAAAAUCCAGCAUACCCUAGACCCGGUCCACAACACAGUCAGUAUGGAAACCCUGAUGCUAGUUUUAGACCAAAGCAUGCGGACAGUGGUUACACUGAACAACGUAGCAGACCUCUCCUCGCCUCCCCGUCCUUGAUUCCGAUGGGAACAGCUUUGCAGCGUGACCAAGGUUUUAGUAGGCCUAUGGCUCCACAGCCGCCAGACGAAGACUCCAUUCAGAGGAUGCAAGACGAACAGUGGCUGAAACAUUUCUUGAGGAACCGAGAGAGGACAACAGCCAAGAACUCCAAACCGGCGCAACCUCAUUCAAGGCAAACUCACCCAAAGGUCUCCGUGGCUCAUAUACGAGACGCCCUGUACGGUGCCAUACAGCUAGUUUCAAAGCUGUCAAUGGCUUGUGAAACGCUGAAGCACAACAUGGAGAAUGAGAGCGUCUGGGCGGAUUCUUACGCUGAGGCAGUGAGUGUGAAGACAGAUCUGCAAGAGAAACUGAAGGUACUCGGUGACUCUGAGUUUGUUGAAAGUCUUAAAAAGAAACUGAGUUCCAUCAGUAAGAGAAGGGCCAGGCUACGGCGUCGACAAGUGGAACAGGACGAGGACAAACAGAGGGAGGAGGAACGAGUGGCUGAGCGUGAAGCGGCCAUCGACAAGUGGAGGAUGAAACGUAUCCAUGAAGUAGAGGAGAAGAAGAGGGCGCAAGAGCUGAAGCUGGCUGCUGACACGGUGCUCUGUGAAGUGAGGAAGAAGCAGGCAGAUGCCAAGAGGAUGCUGGACAUCCUCAGAUCACUGGAGAAGCUACGCAAACUCAGGAAGGAGGCAGCCUCCAGGAAAGGGAUCUUCCCGGAGAAAGAAGCCGACCAAGCAUUUGAUGGGCUGGUGGAGCGCCUGCGUGCACUGAUCAGGAAGAGGACAGGGGUGUAUGGGGCAGAGGAGAACGCCCUGCGGGUGAUGCUGGAGAGCGAGCAGGAGGAGGAGCGCAGGAGGGACCUGGAGAAACGACAGAAGAAGGAGAGGGAGAGGCUACUGCUAAGGAAACGAGAGAUGGAUAGCAUGCUCUUUGGAGAUGAGAUGCCUCCUGACCACCCCCUACAGCCCUUCAGAGAGUACUACACACAGGCAGAGCGCUCACUACCAGCCUUAAUACAGAUACGGAGAGAGUGGGACCUCUGUCUGGUCUCAGUGGACCACCCAGACGGCACCACGGUCCCCCAGGACUGGGUCUUACCACAAUGCCCCACAGACGAGAUUUGGGCCACAGCCCUGGACCGAGGGGACUGCCUCGGACCCUGACUGACGCCCAUAUUGGCUCUGGAAAGGACUGGUCAUUCGCUAGCACUGUAUUCAGCAAGUUACUGCAACAAGACCUGCUGGAGAAGUGAAACAGAAGAGUGAAAUUUAUUUUCUUUAAGGAUUUCAAAAUCAGUUCUUAAUUUUACAAACAGCUAUUUGGUAGUUAUUCUCUCCAACUGAUAUUUGACUGAAUUUGAAAUCCUAUUUAUCAGGAAUUGUGUAUUUUCUGAAGUCAAUAAAUAUGUUUUAUUCCUGCC